GUCGCCGCCGCCUCCUCCUCCUCCUCCAGGUGCGAAGGAUGAGUCUGCCCCGUGCGGCUCCUGAGCCCCGCCAUCCUCCGGUCGCCUCCUACGAGCGCAGCAACGCGGGGGAUUGAAAAUGUGCCAACAACAAUGCUAGGAUUACAAUGGGAAGUGUCACACUCCGCUAUUUCUGCUAUGGCUGUCUCUUCACAUCUGUGACCUGGACGCUUCUGCUCUUUAUUUAUUUCAAUUUCAGCGAAGAGACCCAAUCUUUCAAGAAUGUGCCCAUCAAGGGGCUUGAACCUCAGAAGCCAUUUCCCAAAAGAUUCUACCCCCGUUUUGUCCAUGGGCCAGUACAUAUGCCUGAAUCACAGCAUAGAUAUGGCAAGAUCAGGAAUCCAUUGGGAAAUGCUGCACAGGAUCCUAUCAAGGGUGACACUGACCUUUCUCCUGAAAUGGGUAUGAUUUUUAAUGAACAAGACCAGGAAGUGAGAGACUUGGGCUAUCAAAAGCAUGCCUUCAAUAUGCUCAUCAGUAACCGGCUGGGAUAUCAUAGAGAUGUGCCAGACACAAGAGAUGCAAAGUGUAAGGAAAAAACCUACCCUCCUGAUUUACCCUAUGCUAGUAUUAUAAUUUGCUUCUAUAAUGAAGCGUUCUCUGCCUUGCUUCGGACAGUGCAUAGUGUUCUGGACCGCACACCAUCAUAUCUUCUCCAUGAAAUUAUCUUAGUGGACGACAGUAGUGAGUUAGCUGAUCUGAAAGAAGACCUGGAUGUUUAUCUAACAAAAAACCUUCCAAACAUUGUAAAACUAGUAAGAAAUGAGAAGCGAGAAGGGCUCAUUCGAGGGAGAAUGAUUGGAGCUUCCCAUGCUACAGGGAAGGUGCUUGUGUUUUUGGAUAGUCACUGUGAGGUGAAUGAGCUGUGGCUGCAACCUUUGCUGACGCCCAUCAAAGAAUCACGCAAAACAGUGGUUUGCCCUGUCAUCGAUAUAAUCAGCGCUGACACACUUACCUACAGCUCUUCCCCAGUUGUCCGUGGAGGGUUCAACUGGGGCCUGCACUUUAAAUGGGAUCUUGUUCCUCUGUCAGAGUUGGAAAGCUCUGAGGGAGCCACUGCUCCAAUCAAGUCACCUACAAUGGCAGGAGGCUUAUUUGCUAUGGACAGAGAAUAUUUCAAUCAACUUGGACAAUACGAUAGUGGCAUGGACAUCUGGGGAGGGGAAAACCUGGAAAUAUCAUUCCGGAUCUGGAUGUGUGGGGGCAAACUUCUCAUCAUCCCAUGCUCCAGAGUAGGACACAUCUUUCGCAAAAGGCGCCCUUAUGGCUCGCCAGGUGGGCAGGACACCAUGGCGCACAACUCUCUACGGCUAGCACAUGUGUGGAUGGAUGAAUAUAAGGAGCAGUAUUUUGCCCUACGACCAGAACUAAGGAUGAGAAACUAUGGAAAUAUUACUGACCGUGUAGAGUUGAGAAAAAAGCUGAAUUGCAAAUCAUUUAAGUGGUACUUGGACAACAUAUAUCCAGAGAUGCAGAUUUCUGGCCCCAACGCCAAAGUGCCACCACCAGUCUUUUUCAAUAAAGGGCAAAAACGACCCAAAACACUGCAGCGUGGAAGGCUGCAUCACCUUCAGACAAAUAAAUGUUUGGUUUCCCAAGGCCACCCAAGUCAGAAAGGCGGGCUUGUUGUUGUCAGAGAGUGUGACUACAAUGAUCAAAAUCAGGUAUGGCUUUACAACGAAGAUCAUGAACUGAUCCUAAACAACCUCCUGUGCUUGGACGUGUCUGAAACUCACACAUCUGAUCCACCACGCCUUAUGAAAUGCCAUGGAUCAGGAGGAUCUCAGCAAUGGGUGUUUGGAAAGAAUAAUCGACUCUAUCAGGUGUCUGUUGGGCAGUGCAUGAAGGUUGUCGACCCACUUAGCCUCAAAGGAUAUGUGACCAUGGCAAUUUGCGAUGGCUCCCUCCCUCAGCAGUGGCGUUUCGAGAGCUGAGUAACUAUGACGGCUUGUCUCCUCAGUAACUGUUGGCUGAGCUGAAUUUGUAGAGCCUGCAACGCCAUUUUCGACACUGAACAUUUAAAGGAAAAUAUUUUAAUGACAGUUUGGAAAGCAAUCAUUGGGCUGUAAUGUUCAGAUGGAACAGAAGCUGUGGCAGUUUCCAGUUUCUCUAUAUGAGUAGAAGUGCAAUUAAGGUUUGUGUUUAGGAGUUCUCUGGCAUUCUAAAUAAUAGGCUGAUAAUUAAAUUUCUUCACUAAUUAUAUUGCAUUGAUAUAAGUGGACAUUUCCCAAUUGUCAGAAGACUCCUUUUCUGCCAGUAUUUCUUGAACAAGUAUCAUGAUACUAUACUUUUUCAUUUGGUGAGUGGAUGAAUUAUUCUAACUGAUCUGGAAAAAUAAUGGUCUAUCUUAUUAAUUUGUGUAUUUAAUUUUAGUUCAUUAAUUUUAACACAUUACAUAGUUACAGUUUUAUCUGUCAUUUGUCCUGAAGUAUUUAAAAGUUAAUACGGAUAAUCUUAAUGACUGUGUAGGACGCAUCCAGAAUUACGCAAGUGGAUGUCUACUCCUGAAUCAGGACUUCCCUGUAUCCUCUUCCCCACUGUAGUUCCCCCCCCCCCCGCCCACCCUGAAGCCUCUCCUGCAGGUCACAAAACCUUCAGGGAAGGCCUGGGAAUAGGUGAGGGGGCUGCAGCACAAGAAAAUCCUUGCUGGAAUAUGGGGGCGAGGCUGCCUUGCCUGAGUGGAAAUGCCUCUUCACUCAUGCAAGGUACCUUUAGGUGCCACCCACAUGAAACUUGGGCAUUUUGAAAGGAUAUAUGGUACUUUAUUUGUUGACAGUCUGUUCUCAGUUUCCAAGUGAAGAGGGCAGCUAUAGAUGCUUUAAAAUUAUUAUGAAGGUGCAAGACAUAUGUAUGUGAAUAAACUUCUGU